GAAAUUGCCUGAAUGUCUAAACAAAGUUCAAUUUAAACCAACACGGAUUCGGUUCAUCCGAUAGUUUAUAGCGCUCUCUGUUGACAGAUCCUAUGGUCGGUUCUCCUCAGCACUGCUUUAUUAAACCUCUCCCGCCUUCGACGUCAGCUUUUGGGAGCUCAGGCAAGGGAAAGUUUAGUGAGAAAAAAAGUUCUGCAGUUGCCUAUGUAUGAAUACUGAACGGCUGUCGUACACGAGAGAAAAGUAGUGCGGUUUAAUUCGAAAGGACGAAUGCGUGGCAUCCGUAUUAAAAACCUGGAGCUGACGCUUUUAAAGGGACCGUGAGCAAACGAUUCCCCGUUUGGUUUCAUGGAAUUCUUUUAACCUCUUAUCCGGACGGACGGAGGCAGGAAAGCUAAGCGAGUUUACCGGUGACAGUUUUCCAGGAAAGGAAAUCCAUGAAGUUUAAAACGAGGACACUUUUCAAUCUGAAGGAUUUUAAAGCGGCCACUUCUGUGUGUGGGUGUGUUAAGAACCAAACGAGAAGUAUUUAAAACUCGCUGAAAAGUCUCCAAAAGUCUACAAUGGCUAAGAAAUACGACUUCCUCUUUAAAUUGCUGCUUAUUGGUGAUAGUGGUGUUGGCAAGACAUGUUUAAUCAUCCGUUUUGCGGAGGAUAAUUUUAAUUCAACGUACAUAUCAACCAUUGGUAUUGACUUCAAAGUAAAGACCAUUGAGAUUGAGGGGAAGAAAGUCAAACUGCAAGUCUGGGACACAGCAGGACAGGAGAGAUUUAAGACCAUCACUAAUGCUUACUAUAGAGGAGCCAUGGGCAUCAUCCUUGUGUAUGACAUCACUGAUGAAAAGUCCUUUGAGAAUAUUCAGAACUGGAUGAAGAGCAUCAAAGAAAAUGCAUCAGCAGGUGUAAGUCGGAUGUUACUUGGCAACAAGUGUGACAUAGAGGCCAAAAGGAAGGUGCCAAAGGAGAUAGGUGAGAAGCUUGCAAAGGAACAUGGUAUUCGAUUCUUUGAGACUAGUGCAAAAUCAAGCAUCAACGUUGAUGAGUCUUUUGCCUCUCUUGCUCGUGACAUUUUGCUGAAGUCAAAUAAGAAGUCGGGUCCAACGGGUCGAGAGGUUAAAAUUACCAGCACAGAGAAAAAGUCACCCAAAUGUCUUCUUCUUUAGAUAUGCCGUCAUCAAGAGGGCGGGCUCGCUACACACACACACACACACACACACACACACACACACACACACACACACACACACACACACACACACACACACACACACACACACACACACUGCAC